GCGUGGCCUAGGAGGCGGAGCUUCACUUUACACGCGCCGACGCUCUUUUCAGGUUUACGGAGUGCAUCAUUUCCAAGUUGUCUACGCGCGCGGGUGCUGCAGCCUCUGCACGAGCUCCAAGAUUUGUUAGUGUGUGUGUGUGUGUGUGUGUGUGUGGGGUCAGCAUGUCGGACAUGGCGCACGAGCCGCCGGAUUUUAAGGACAUGGGAGAAGAGGAGCUGUGGGAUCUGAUUAACGACAACCGGCACGCGAUCUCUCUGGGAGUGCGCCCGUGCAUGCUCAUCCCGUACCUGCGGCAGGCGCGCGUGCUCUCCGACCUGGACGAGGACGAGAUCCUCACGUGCCUCAAGUUCACCAACCGCAGCAUGAGGACCAGUCACAUGCUGGAUCUGCUGCGUAUUCAGGGGUGUAACGGAGCCGUGGCGCUGCUGGAGGGUCUGAUGAUCCACUACCCCACCCUCUACACACAGGUCACCGGCCGCAAGCCCAGCACCGAGCCCAGCCGCUUCAGUGGGUUGAUAAAGUACUCGGAGCUGACGGAGUAUUUGGUUCGGGCCGUGACGGGGAUGCAGAAGGAGCUGCAGGCGGAGCGUGAGGAAGCGGCUCAGCUGCGCUCGCAGUGCUGCAGCCUGCAGACGGAGCUUUCACGCGUCACACAGCAGCUGGAGGAGCAGAAAAGCCUGCAGGCUGAACACACACGCCUGCGCAAGUCCCACAUAGACAUGCACAGAGACCUGUUGAAGCUGAAGGAUGAGAAGUGUGAUCUGUAUGUACGAUACGCCGCAGCAGUGGAGGAGAAAUCAGAAGUGAACAUUCGCUGCAGAGACCUCAACCUGCAGGUGUAUCAGCUGCAGUGUGAGUUGAGAAAGGCUCAGACGGAGACGGAGUUUCAGAGACAUCGAUCAGUGAAGAGAGCGUCCUCCAUCGAGACACAGCAGCUGCGUGACGAGAUCAUCACACUGCGCAGACAGCUGCAGCAGGCCGAGAACAUCACACCGGCGUGUCAGGACAUCCUGGCCCAGGAUUUGGAGGAAGCGAAGGAUCGGCGCACUGAACUCGCUGAAGAACUGCGGAGACUCCAAGACGAGAACGAGGCGCUAACGAGAGAGAGAAGCGAGCUGUUGGAGGAGAAGGACUGUCUGGCUCUGGAGGUGCAGAAGUUGACUCUGGAUUGUGAGAUGUAUCAGCAGAAAAGCUCCAUCUUCCAAACCCAGUUUGGAGAGCUCCAGGCCGAGCGAGACCGGGCGUACCUGGCCCGUGACGAGGCGCAGGCCCAGAUCGCGUGUAGUCUGGCGGAGAAGGACACACUGAGAGCACAGCUGGUGGAUCUACAAGAGGAAAUCUUCACUCUCAGAGCACAUAAGACACAGAGAGACUCCAGCCAGAGCAGCGAGAGAUCGUUAAGCUGGGACAGCGGUAGAGACCUGAGCUGUGACAGUUCUCCGUCCAGCCCCCUGCGUCGACCCAGACUGCGCCGCAUGAACGCCCUGCCGCCCGGCUGCGCCAACAGCUUCGAGUACAGUAAACAGUACAGUGAUGAUGGGUUUAAUAGUGCGCGGUCCAGUUUGGUGGAGCCUCCCUGUUCAGACUCUCUGCGCAGGAGAGGAACAGACCCGGAGUUCAGUGAUCACAGUCCGGAGAUAAGUGACGAUUCUUUCUGUAUGCUGAACUUGGAGAGUGAUUUUGAGUUUCUUUGCAAAGAUGAUGACGAGGGAAAAAUUUCACUGUCUCCUGACUCUCCAGAAACAACUGGCGUGUCUCGGGCGUCUGCUCCUCCGUUCCUCGUUCGUUCUCGUCCUCAGGCUGUGCGCAUCACCAGCCGAGCUCUGACGCUGUCCUUCCAGGGGGAGGCGCUGCUGAGCCAGCUGCAGGUCAUCGGCGGCAACAAGACGGGCGUCUUCGUCCAUACCGUCAGCGAGGACUCGCCUGCCCAGAGCAUGGGCAUCAGCCCCGGGGCACAGAUCCUGGAGGUGAAGUUUCAGAAGGAGCAGCGAGCGCUCCGGAUGCAUCUGGAAGAUUCCACCAUGGAGGAGGCCUUGUGGGCGCUCGGGCAGGUCAACGGACCCUGCAGCCUCUCACUGCGACCUAAAAAAGAUGCCUAUCAGAGUCUUCUCCAGCAGCUGAAGAGCCAUGAGGUCACCUCGGGCGACUCCUUCUACGUCCGAGUGAACAUGUCACUGGCAGGGGGCGGGGCCGGGAUGCUGUCCGUCACUUGUAACGACAUCCUGCACGUGACGGACAGUCACUACGGCUGUGACGGUUACUGGUGGGCGAGCCACGUCCACAGCUGCCAGCUGAUGGACCUGAAGGGUGGUGGGCGUGUGCCUAAUUUCUACAGAGCACAGAGGCAGUUAAUCAGAGCGAUUGAGGAUCUUUCCUUUCAACAUCAAGCACCCAGAAAGGUGGAGAGGGCACAGGUGAAGCAGAAGGCCGUGCGGAUCGUCAGUACAGCACGACAGGGCAGGAACCCGCUGUGGGUCAGUGUGGAGGAAGACAACAACACAAACUCACCAAGCGAUGAGGGGACGCCUGGCUCUGUGAGCCUGAUGCCCUACACGCUGGUGACCCCUCACUACCCCCCCGUGUGCCGCCCCGUCCUCCUGCUUCCCACAAUCCUCAGGGGCAUCUUUCAUAAACGACUGGCUGAGCGGGAGGGCUAUCAGCUGUGUGAGCCAGAGACUCUGAGUGCCUCUGAACACGCGGUGCGGAUGCAGAAGGGCGAGGUUCUGGAGGAGUGUGAGCCGAACACACACUGCUGUUACACCGUGCAGGGAGUCGAGAAGAUCAUGAAACGCGGCACUCACUGUGUUCUCCCUCUGGGGUUGGAUUGUGUACGGCGGCUGCAUCGCGCUGAGAUUUUCCCCAUCAUCAUCUUCAUUGCAUCUACAGAACGCAGCGCUCGCAAAUUCAAACACAAACUUCGUCAGAACUUAAUAACGGAGGCUCAGCUGCUGGAGUGCUCCUGGAGCGAGGAGCCUCUGCUGGACAAACUGCCCUGCCUGUACCGCACCGUUCCUCCUGACAGCUGGAGCGACAGCGCCGCCCUGCUGGACAACGUGCAGCACAUCGUCCAGGAGGAGCAGCGCAAAAUCGUCUGGGUCGAGCCGGACCUCUGGUGAUGAACACUCAAUCAACACUAAACUGUGUAACGAGACACACAAUGAAAACACUACUAAAUAACUUUCACUACUUCUCAUCAUCUGUAGGUCACAUGACCAUCCCAUGGUUUGUAAAUAUAUUAAUUAAAUAACAAUAACUGUUUUUUUUUUUAAAUAUCUGUCGUGAACAUACAGGUGUCAGAAACAAGACGUAGAUUCAUGCUGAAUGUAUAUCAGUCUGGAUUAAACCGAAGCAGGUCACGUAUGAUGUUACACAUCUUCUGUAUGGUCCAUGGGGAAUUUAGAUAUAUCUGUUAAUAAUUAUUAUAAUAUAAAUAUAUUAAUGUGUUCAUCACUGGUGUUGGUUAGGGGGCAGAAUUGCACAAAAUGCAACGAAAAAAAAAGAAAAAAGAAAAGAAAGGCUCUGAGUUGAAGUGAAGUGGAAAAGCUCACUAAAGUUUAACUUCUGGCGUUUAAUAUUUAAUAAUUUUCGGCCUCUCUCUUUGAAAUGUGACCUUUGUUGUUUUAUUUUGAAGGAAUUAAAGGUCAUGCUAGCGUGCAGUAGCGUGCAGAAUGAAGUGUGUGUGUGUGUGUGUGUGUGUGUGUGUGUUUGCAUAGCAGGGUUUUCCCCCUUCAUCGUCACACCUAAAUUUGUCCCAAUCUUCACUGCAGCAUGACACACACUCUUCGUGCUGUUGCGUGUGUGCUGAAAGACAGUUCUAUUUAUUUAUAAGGAAAAAAAAAAGUUCCAGACUUUGUGCCAAGCUGAAAGUUCUUCUAACGCUCCUUAUUUUGAUUAAAUUUAAACCGUGAUAAAAUAUUUCCACCGUUAUCAUGAUGUCUAAUUAAAUAUCUGGACAUCUCUGCUGGGGUUGAGUGUUUAUUUCACUAAUCAAUGUGUGUGUGUGUGUGUGUUUAGUUUAUUGUGUCUGUGUAAGUGUUGUGUAAUGAAUCUUUAGUUUACACACUUUUCUUAUACUACAGUACAUGUGCAUUUUUUUUCUUUAUUCAUGUUAAUUGUGUAUCUGAAUAUUGUGUAGCAGAAUUUGUGUGUAAUCUCUAUUAAUGCAGAUUCUAUAAUGUUCAGAAAACAUAUUAAAGCAUUAUUUUUUUUCUACAA